CAAUAUGUCCCGUCUUGUCACGUUUCUCUCUCCUCUCUCGCGCUCUCUAUCCCUUCGUGACUAAGAAAACCAGAGCUCCAUCCCUCAGUUUCUCGUUCAGCGAUCACUUCGUUCGUCACAAAUCACUCGUGAUGCACGAAACGGAAUUGCACGAUUUGUCAGACGAUUCAGAUUACGCUGCUUCACAGCAGCAGGGACCAGGAAGUAUUUCACGGACUGAUAGUGGUAGAAGAACUGCCGCGCACGUACCUGAUGGAGCCGAAGUCGUCUAUUCCAAGGAUAAUGUGACUAUUCAUCCGACCCAAUAUGCAUCUGAAAGGAUAAGUGGACGGUUACGCCUUAUCAAGCAAGGCUCUUCCCUGUUUUUGACAUGGAUUCCUUAUAAACCCAGCCCAAGUUCGAAUGAGGGUGCAGGACAAAGCAUUAUAUCCGACAGAGAUAGGAAUCUAUAUACUAUUAGAGCUGUCCCUCUCACUGAUAUACGAUCUGUUCGUCGCCACACUCCAACUCUAGGCUGGCAAUAUGUAAUUAUUGUGCUGUCAACAGGACUUGCAUUUCCUCCUCUAUACUUCUAUAGUGGAGGUGUUCGUGAAUUCCUUGCAACAUUAAAGCAACAUUUUUUUCUUGUGAGGUCAGCGGAUGAUGCAAAUGUCUUUCUUGUGAAUGAUUUCCAAGAUCCUCUGCAGAGAAGUUUGUCUUCUUUGGAGCUACCGAGGGCUGUUUCUGUUACAAAUUCCCCACCAGCAUCAAUAGCAGCCAGUCAUGUUCCUUCAAACGAAAACUCAGAGACAACUAUGGAGGAUUCCUAUGGUGGAAGUUCCAGUUCCCAAUACAGUGGGAGGCCUAGGCAGAAGAUACAUGAUCCUGCUCGUGAUCUCUCAAUUCAGGUAUUGGAGAAAUUUUCCCUUGUGACAAGGUUUGCCCGGGAAACAACAACACAACUCUUUCGUGAAAGUCAUGGUGACAGCUUAAGCUCCAGUGGAAGAAAGAAUCAGCACCAGUAUCUUCCAAAUAAUAUCCAUGAGACGGGGCCCAAUCAUUCACAAAAAGUACCAGAAGAAUCUUCAGUUGCCCCAGAUCCUUUGGAGAAAACUACAUGUAGGAAACAAAACCAUGCUGAAGAAGCAGCCACCAGAGUGGGAAUUUUUGAGCUUGUUGAUUGUAAGGAGUUCGAUAAAUUGUCGCUAGUAUGGGGAAAACCACGACAGCCUCCUUUAGGGUCUGAAGAGUGGGCCACUUUCUUGGAUUUUGAAGGGCGAAUAACGGAUUCAAAGGCUUUUAGAAAGAGAAUAUUUUAUGGAGGAGUUGAGCAUGACCUGCGAGAUGAGGUCUGGAAAUUUUUGUUGGGUUACUAUGCAUAUGAUUCAACAUAUGCCGAAAGGGAAUAUCUCACCUCAGUUAAGAAGUCAGAGUAUGAGACCAUAAAGCACCAGUGGCAGAGUAUCUCUCCUGCUCAGGCAAAAAGGUUUACCAAGUUCAGGGAGAGGAAGGGUCUCAUUGAGAAGGAUGUGGUAAGAACAGAUAGAUCUGAAUCAUUCUAUGAUGGUGAUGACAACCCAAACGUGAUGCUUCUCCGGGACAUACUGCUGACUUACUCAUUCUACAACUUUGAUCUUGGUUACUGUCAGGGUAUGAGUGAUCUGUUGUCUCCAAUAUUAUUUGUAAUGAGGGAUGAAUCAGAAUCAUUUUGGUGUUUUGUUGCACUCAUGGAGCGCCUUGGCCCCAAUUUUAAUCGUGACCAGAAUGGCAUGCAUUCCCAACUUUUCGCACUAUCAAAGCUGGUGGAGUUGUUAGACAGCCCAUUGCACAAUUAUUUCAAACAACAUGACUGCUUGAACUACUUCUUUUGUUUCCGCUGGAUUCUUAUACAAUUCAAAAGGGAAUUUGAAUAUGAUAAGACGUUACGUUUAUGGGAGGUAUUGUGGACUCACUAUUUGUCUGAACAUCUGCACUUGUACGUGUGCAUUGCGAUCCUGAAGAGGUACCGCCACAAAAUCAUGGGCGAGGAGAUGGACUUCGAUACGCUCUUGAAAUUUAUCAAUGAAUUAAGUGGUCAUAUUGAUCUUGACGGAGUCCUUAGGGAUGCGGAGGCUCUGUGCAUUUGUGCUGGUGAGAAUGGGGAAGCUUGCAUUCCACCUGGGACCCCACCAUCCUUGCCCAUCGAGACUGGUUCAUUCUACCCUCAACAAUAUGAUGAAGAAAAUUAGUUCUUGUUGAC